UGAAAUUUGGGACCAUCUAUAUUUUUGACUACUAAAAUUAUUAUCGUGGAAUAAAUGUAUCCUAUUUCAUUAACGUAGGUAAAAUGGUUUAUGUGAUGAAGCAUCCAGUACCAAGCCAUGAUUCGGAACUUGGUGGAGCUGUACGAGGUGGAGCUGGGGAAGGCAAAGUUCAAUAUGGAGGUAUACAGAACGUGCCUACUGCCUUAGAACCACUAAAACGUUACCAUCAUUCGUUAGGCGUUCGGCGCUCUCGUCGACGCUCUCGUUCAUCUCCCGUGCGGCUGCGAUGCAAAACAUACAAGGACGCAGAAAAAAUUGGCGACGAGAGUCCGUUACGCAGGCGCAGUCCCUCAGCCUCACCUUCCACUCACCAGGGGGCGGAAGCUACGCUGCAAGACUUUUGGAGUCCGUUAUCAUCCCCACCACCACUGGUAAUGCCACCUCCCAGUCUUGCAUUCACCACUACGCUUUCCUAUUUCUCGUCCGCCCCACCGACUCAGCCCGUGUCGCUGGUUGCAUUACCACCCACUCGUCAAGUUGCCUGCCGCUCGCGCUCUAAGGAACAUUCCGCCCGCCCUACGAAAAAGCGCUCGCGCUCUGCUCGUCGUGCAGCUAGAUACGUGUUGCGAACGUUAAUGAAAUCACUAGCAUUACAUUCAGCGCACGUCUCACUUUCGCAUGACAAACUUAAAGACGACGUUCCGGAUGCUGAUGUUGGUGUAGAAAGCGCACUAGGCCAAAACAAUGAAGUGAGCCAAAAACUUGAAGAUGAAGAAGCAUUGUUAGUUCAUCAUUGAACAUUUUUAAUGAAUUAAAUCGUUACUUUGCUUAUAAACUGUAUGGUUUCAGGUCUGAUGUAGAUAAUAAAAAACAGUCGGCAGAUAAAGAAGAAAAGAACGUCUGCGCGCGAUGCAGUAGGUGUGCAGGUGAGCUGAAUGCCACACAAUUGCGGCUGUUGCUGCGGCACCUCCGCCAGCUAGCACAUAUCGACCGGCUGCACAGAGCUCUACGUCGGGCAGCACGAUAAACUUAAUCAUACCGCCUCGCUGUAGUUGUCGACAAAGAUCUUAAGCGCUGGGUAAUACCGCUUAACUGUGUCGCAAAAUAUUUAUCAGCCCAAGGCGGCGCUCAACAUCUUUGACGAUAAGUUCUUAAAAAACUAUAUU